GCAAUCAAAGCAAAGCUCUGGAAAAUUUUUCUCUCCCUUUCUCCUCAAACUUUCUCUCUUCCAAGCUUCUUAAUUUCAAAUACGAUUUAACAACAAUGCACCAGUUUUCAAUACUUGUGCACAUUUCUACAGGAUCUAAAGCGUUGGCUGGUUUCUACAAAUUUUCCCGAGAAAAUUUCUAACUAGUAUAUAAGCAUUUGCUAAGAAAGUCCAACUUCCGCAGCUAAAUUUCGGUAAAAUAGGCGUCUACAAGAGCUUGACGUUUAAGGGCUUUGUUUGAUACAUUAUUGAGAAGAAAUGGAAGGAGAAUCGUUUGGUUUGAUCGUUGGGAUCUCACUGGGUUUGGUGAUUGGUGUGGUGUUAGCUAUCUCAGCAUUGUUCUGCUUUAGGUACCAUAGGAAGAGAUCUCAGAUUGUGAACAGUGGUUCAAGUAGAAGUGCAACGCUUCCCAUCAGAGAGAAUGGAGCUGAUUCUUGCAACAUUAUGUCUGAUUCCACGGUUGGUCCUGACUCACCUGUCAAAUCCUCAAGCAAUGGGAGGUCUAUUUGGCUUGAAGGGUUUAGUAAGAGAAGCAAUGUGAUCUCUGCUUCUGGCAUUUUGGAAUAUUCUUACAGGGAUUUGCAGAAAGCAACAUGUAAUUUCACGACGUUGAUAGGGCAAGGAGCAUUUGGACCUGUCUACAAAGCUCAAAUGUCCACCGGUGAGACUGUUGCUGUGAAAGUUCUUGCCACUGACUCUAAACAGGGCGAAAAAGAGUUUCAGACAGAGGUUAUGUUAUUGGGAAGGUUGCAUCACCGUAACCUGGUGAACUUGGUUGGAUAUUGUGCAGAGAAAGGCCAACACAUGCUUAUAUAUGUCUACAUGAGUAAAGGAAGCUUAGCUUCUCACCUGUACAGCGAAAAACACGAACCUCUGAACUGGGAUUUGAGAGUAUAUAUUGCUUUAGACGUAGCACGCGGUCUAGAGUAUCUUCAUGAUGGGGCUGUUCCUCCUGUAAUCCACAGAGAUAUCAAAUCUUCCAACAUAUUGUUGGAUCAGUCCAUGCGAGCUCGGGUUGCUGACUUUGGCCUGUCUAGAGAAGAAAUGGUAGACAAACAUGCUGCUAACAUAAGAGGAACGUUUGGUUAUCUUGAUCCAGAGUAUAUCUCCACAAGAACAUUCACCAAGAAAAGCGAUGUUUAUGGCUUCGGGGUUUUGCUUUUCGAGCUAAUAACUGGAAGAAAUCCCCAACAAGGUCUAAUGGAAUAUGUUGAGCUGGCGGCGAUGAAUGCAGAGGAAAAAGUAGGGUGGGAAGAGAUUGUGGAUUCAAGAUUAGAUGGGACAUUUGAUUUACAAGAAGUGAAUGAAGUUGCAGCUUUUGCUUACAAAUGCAUCUCUCGUGCACCGAGAAAACGUCCCAACAUGAGGGAUAUUGUGCAGGCUUUGACACGUGUCGUUAAGGUGAGACAUAGCAGAAAACGUCAGAAGAAGUCUCCUUCGCCUUCUCCGCCGCCUCCUCCUACGGUGGAGUCCGGUGAUGAGCAAACCGGAAAUAGAUCAGUUCGGUCGGAAAAUCAUCACAGGAGAGAUAAUUCCAUGGACAGUACACUUGAAGACUAGUGAUGUAUUGAAAAAAAAACAAAGGUAUUAAAGUUUAUAAUUAUAAUUAUUAUAAUAUAUUUUAUUGGAUUUCAUUUCUUUUAGGGGUGGAUUAUAGGAUGAUUUGUACAUUUUGUUAGGAGGAAUGCUCUGAUGUUGAUGGUAACUCUAAAAUUGUGGAAAGAUUACUUGGUACCAA